AUGGCCGCUGCAAAUGCAUUUUUUGCUCAGGAUCAAGGUACAACAUUCAAUCUUGAGUACGCAUGGCGAUUGUUAAAAGAUGAACCUAAAUGGAUGGGAGAAUCAAUUGGAAGUUCUUCAAAAAUAACAAAGACUUAUGUUAGUGAGGCAUCAUCGGAUAACCCAGAUACACCUUCAAGUUAUGAGUUUACCUCAUCAUCACCAAUGGAGUGUCCAAUGGGACAAAAAGCAGCAAAAAGGAAGGGUAAGGCAAAGGAAAUUCCAAAUGCAACGCAAGAUGCAAGGAAUAAAAUAUUAGUGUCAAUGGAAAGACUAGCUCAAAGUAAGGAGGACGAGAUAGAAUUAAAGGUAGUGCAACUAAAGAUGAAAGACACUUCUACUAUGAGCGAUAGUCAACGAGAUAUUCAUGAAAAAUAUUGUAAUAAGAUGAAAAAAAAUAAGGAAUGUAGUUAG